AUGCCUCCAUCUAAGAAGAAAACAUCAACCGAUUCUCAAAAAAAGGCCUCUUCUUCGCAAUUAAAAAUUACAGAUUUUGUAAAUAAUAGGAAUGAGACUACAACGACAUUGGAUAGUACUAAGCAAGAAGUAACCCACAACGAUCAAAUAGGAGCUGCCUCAAGCUCUUCCAAUACCAAUUCCUCCUCAUUACUGUCUCUUAUAGAGGGAGGUUUUUCUUCGUUAUUGACAAACAUAACUCCCAUCAGCAACAACAGACAAGAAGAGCCUAUUUUCGAAACAAAUAUUUCUCACACUCUUGAAACUGCACAUCAAUCUUCAAAGCAUGCUCCAUUCCAUAUGGAAGAUGAGUACGACGCAAGCGAACCCUCAGGUGCACACAUUCAUCAAUACAUUGACGAAGUUCUGGAGCAGCACAAGAAUGACAUGCCUCAGACCGAAGAUCAACUCAAAAAUUUAGAUAUUGGCAAAUUUAUUGAAGGGGUAUUUCCUUCUCAGGCUUCCACUGCAGCAACACAGGCGCCAACACAAGUUCAAACUGCCAUGCAAAUUUGUGACAUAUUCAGAGAGCCCGAGACAAACCAAAGCACAGAAUUGUUAAAAAAAGCCACAAGUUCUCUGCUACAUCAGCAACAUUUUGAAAGUGAUGAUGAAGAUGAAGACAGUAGGAGCGUAGUAUCACAGGUAGCAAGCAUUUCAGGAAGCAGCGAGGUUGAAACAGGUUACAGUGAAGAUAAUUUUGAUGAAAUAUAUGGAGCAGAUGACGGCGAAGAGGACUAUGAAUUUUUGGAUGACAUUCUCAAAGGAAUACUAAAAAGAAAAAAACGAAAAGAAAAAGGGAUUUUAAAACCUAAGAAAACUAGAAAGUCAAAGGAUGACAUGGUUCCCAAGGAGGUCAAAGAAAUGAUGGGAGAAGCGAACUUGCAAUUCAUAUACAGAGAUUUUACAAAGGCUGUCCAAAUUCUGUUGGAAGUCAUUAGAAUUUGUCCAAAUAUUGCCGAUCCGUAUCACACUCUUGGGCUUAUUUAUGAAGAGCUUGGAAUUAUGGACAAGGCAAUUGAAUUUUACCUUAUUGCUGGUUUACUACUUCCAACCAAUCUAGAUUUUUGGAGGCGGCUCACAGAAUUAUCAAUCUCUCACAACAAACUGCAACUGGCUGCCUAUUGUCUCAAAAGAAUUAUUUUAUUGGAUCCUAAAAACUAUAAUGCUAGAAUCGAACAGUGUGGACUUUAUAUGAAGAUGAAUCAACCAACACGGGCCAUCAGUGGAUACAAAUCGCUUCUCAAGCAAUUUCCAGGCGAUAAACCAGUAGUGAUUGCACUUGCAAAAGUUUACUAUGAACUCAAGUAUAUCUUCAACGCCAUUGAGCUAUUAGAAAAAACAAUAUCACAAAAUGAACAGCAUGCAGACCUAACUUUGGUAAACAUGUUGGCAGAAUUGUACAUGAGUGAGGGUUGGUUUAACAAAGCCGUAACUCUUAUUGAGAGAAUUAGCCUUUUGCAAAAUUGUCCAAUUGAAAUUUUACCACCUGACAUUUCUUCAAAAUAUGCCAUUUGUCAAACAUAUUUAGGAAAGCUUGAGAAAGUAGAAUACAUAUUCAACGAUAUUCUAAAGUUCAACGUGUCAGACUUCGGAGAUUUAUUCUUUAACAUUGCAGAAACGUACUAUGUCGUCAACGAAUACCAAAAGGCGCAAUAUGUAUACAGUUUACUGAUGACCAGUGAAAAUUACAACAAACCAUCCAUAUGGCUCAGAAUAGCGGAGUGUCUUAAGACUCUGAAAUACUUUGAGGAAGCAAUCAAGUAUGGAGAAAUGGUACUUGAUGAAUUGCCUGACAAUGUGGAAGCAAGAAUACUAUUAAGCGAGGUUUAUAAAGACAUUGGCGACGUAGAAAAGGCAAUAGAAGUUCUAGAAGCGUCAGGAAAUGCCUUAGCUAAAAAGGAUUUGGCAUCCCUGAAAAAACAAUUGCAUCACAUUAGUGAGCCAAACCAAGAAUAUAAUGACAGAACGAACGAAAGCGACAACGAAACUGCAAAUGAGGACAGCGAAUUGGACGAAGAACAGGAACAAGAUCCUGAUUACAAUCCUGAACAACAUGAGUCAAGCGAUGAAGACAUGAAUUUAUCAGAUGAUAUAAAAGAUGAAGACAUCCCUCAAGUCCCAGAACAAAACAGAAAAGAAAAGGUGAAAGAUAUUCGAAUUAUGGUCAAAAAAGCAUGGAUUUUACACACUACAGGACAGCACGAGGAAUUUAUAAAGACGGCCCUUCCAGUAGUUUUAAGUAUAUUAGAUCUCGACAAAGAGGAACCAGAACCAGAAAAGAAAACCAAAUUCAAGAAAAAGAACAUUGUGCUUAAAUACGAUAUUGGCCUCAAGAGAAGAAGAAGGAAGAGGAAUCUACAGGAGACCAAAGAAGAUGGAUGGACUUGGACCGAAGCCCUCAAUGCCAUUGGAGAUCAUAAUUUAUAUACAUUGAUUGUGACGUUGAGCAAAACAUUGUCCUACUGUCAACACUAUGAAGAUUGUUUAAGAAUAUUGGCAGUCCUACUAGCGAGCAAAACAAAGAAACGAUUUAACUUCAAAACACCAGAAGAGAGGCAUAGAAAAAUCCAAAACCUGAGAUAUUUAUACGUGGCAGUUUCAUACAAUAGCGGUUAUUACAAACGAGCCUAUAAUGCCAUCCGUCCAAUCAUUUCUGACAAACCAUACAGUAUUCCCCUGUUAAAUUUGUUCAACAAAAUUACCACAAGAGUCGGAAACAUUCUCGCUAAUCAUUGGUUUAUGGUUCGACUGUUGGACAAGCAUCCUCAAUCAGUACCGCUAAUGCUUCUCGUUGGCCACAACUGUGCCAUGAGUGGCAGCUACAAACUUGCAAUAGCAGAAUACUUUAGAGCUUAUAGGUUUAUGCCAAACGAACCAAUCAUCAGCUUGUGCCUUGGAUUGAAUUAUUUAAAUUUGGUGAUGAACAGAAGAACAGCAAAUAGACAUUUACACGUCAUGCAAGCUUUUACGUUCCUAUACAGGUAUUUUGAUUUGACUGAGGGUUCACAAGAAGCUCACUUCAACAUUGCUCGUGCCUAUCAUCAACUGCGACUGUACCAUCUUGCAACACCCUACUAUAAGAAGGUUCUCGAACUUUCUGAUGCAGGCAAUAUUGAUCCAGAAUCAGAUUUAAAACGAGAAGCUGCCUAUAAUCUUUGCUUAAUUUAUAGAGAGUCUGGUUCAACUCCUCUUGUGGAAUAUUUAGUUGACAAGUAUUUGACAGUUUGA